AUGGGUAGUUGUAUUUCCUCUUCUUCACAAAAACAAACAAACCGAGAUGUUGGUGUUAGUUCUGCAACAUACUCGCAAACAACAAAUAAAACUGUCAAUAACCGUUUUCACGAAAAUAUUAAUGAAGUUAGUUCUCCCAAGGAUAAUGCUAGAAAAGCUAAAGUUGUUAAAAGACCGAAGAAAGUUCAUAAAGGUCUCAUUGGUCUUCCUUCCAACUUUCAACAUACUGGUCAUAUCGGUAUCGCUGAACUGCGUAGCGGUAAAGUUGAUCCUGAGAAAAUUAAAAGUCAAAUGGCUGAAGUUGCAGCCGCUCUUAGUUUAGAAGGUUUGAAUAUGGGAUCGUCAAUUCCAACAACCCCGCUUAAUAAU